CAGAGGGGGAAGUGGCUUGUUUUUGUUCACUGAGUUGCAGGAGUGAAGAACUGAGCAGAGGGAAGGACACUUGUUAACUUAAGGAUUUGGGGCAGUGAGGAGGCAACACAGAAUGUGGGCGGGCCUCACCCUGCUCCUCACUCUCUGCCUGCUCCAUGGGGGCGGGGCAGAGAGUGACGGGGGUGGGCCUCGCUGUCAGCUGCCGCCAUCAUGGGCGAUAGGGGAGGUGGACCCAAUGAAGGGAGCCAUGGGCCAUGUGACCGUGGUGGCACUACUCCAGGCCAGCUGAUUGUUCUGUUUGGUGCAGGCUGCCAGAAUUGACGGCCUGCGCCAAAAGCUGGAGAGACAGGGUUUGAAGAAUGUGAACUACAUGGUGGUUAACCACCAGGGGGAGCAGUCACGGCGCCUGCACCCCCUGCUGGCACAUAAACUGUCAGAAAACAUCACGCUGUACAAACAGGAUGAGCAGAUGCCCGAUGUCUGGCAGACACUGGGCGGAGACAAAGAUGACUUUCUCGUUUAUGACAGGUGUGGUCGUCUCACCCACCACAUUUCACUGCCAUACUCCAUCAUCGGGCAAGGUCAUGUGGAGGGUGCGAUCAAAGACACCUACUGCAAUCGCAUAUGCGGGGACUGCACACAUGAGAGUGCUGAGACUCCAGAGGAAUGCAAAGGGAGAGUAGAGGCGCCGCCUAAUGCACAUGGUGCUCCAGCUGCAGAGGGCAACGCUGCACGUGGUCACCACCAUGGUCGCCACCACGGUCACCACCACGGUCACCACCACCACGGUCAUGGGCACGGGAAUCACGAUGGCACUGGCCAAAGCCAUGACCACGACCACAGUCAUCAUGGUCUUAGACCACAAGGGCAAAGUGAGCAAGAGGUUCAGGUGUUUCAAAUGCAACAACACGCAGAUAUAGAUCAGAUACAGGCAGAUGCGGCAGAUACACUGCAAAUGCACAUGAUGCCACAGGAGGACCAUGGAGCCCCUGUGAGGCCUUGAGUAGCGAACAAGGCGAGGUGAAAGUCAAAGUAUAGCUGACAGUUGACAGCAGGCUCUGACGAUGUAGCCACUCUUAAGGCCAGCUGAUGCUGACACUGACGCAGGCUGUUUGACAACGCAGGGAGCGAACAGGCCGCCGGUCUCUGACACUGUAACGAGGCGCUGCCCGCCUCCUGACAGUGACAUGGACUGACGGGCGAUGCAACCAAUGCUGUUAGGGAGACCUGACAGUGACGCUCGCCUCCUGCUGACUGACAGCACGCUCAGCCAGCCCCAUGAGCCUGACCUCAAGGUGUUGCGAGCUGAGGAUGAGAGCAGCUGUAAGCUGACUCUGGUCUCAGCUUCAUAUCAACAUCAGUUAUCAACACCAGGGUCCUGUGCUCUUUUACCAACAGGUAUUACCCUGGGGAAGGAUGGGUUAGCCCCUGACAGCAUUGAGGGAUAGAUGAGUCGAGCAUCACAAAGAUGAAAUAAGGUGUAUAAACAUGUCAACAAAAGCGUAACGUGAUUCAUUUGGCAACACACAGGCAAAUAAUUAGGUUGUAUCUGACUCACUCGUGUCUGUCAGGGUGUUACUUCCUUCCUUUCUCAGGCGUAUAUGUGGUUGUCAUAGUCAUGAAGUCCCUUUUCCAUAUGACUCUCUCCAUCCUUUAUGAAACCAGGUGCAGAAACUACGCUCUAGUGGCGCCUGUAUGAAGUCCGGCAGGAGAGAGGGGAGAGGGGUCUUUAGGAAUAUGAUAAGCACACAAAAAAAGAUUUGAAAAUUCAGUAUGAGAGGAUUUUCAAAGAAACAGUCAAAAGAAUGGUAUAUAAUCUGCAAACACCAAAAAGAAAAUGAAAAGGGAGAAUAAGAACAGAUUUUGUGAGAAGGACAAAGGAGAGUGGGAAGAUUAAAAGGAUUGUCAUUAUUGCGAAUGUUAAAAAAGGCUAGCAUAUUUUGUGAACUGGGAAUUUCCACAAAUCUUUAUAGAGGGUUCUUGUCAUUAUUUGGGAGAAAAACUUACAGAAAAAAACAACAUAAAAUGUCUGCUUUUUAAAAAUUUCUUUUUGAGCACAUACAACAAUAAUUACUUUCUUUUUGUUUUGCACAUGCUGAUGAAUCAUACAGGCCUGAACAUACUAUAAAUCAGGUCUGUCUUUCUUCCACUUCUAACAUGCACAUGCAUUUUAAUUUUUUUAUGCACUUACACAAGACUUUGUUUGAAAAAUAAAAAAAAAGAAUACAAAGCUCUAUUGUUCAGGACGAGAGUUCAGUGGCUGUUUGGAAUACACUCUGUGCUUAAUGAUGGUUUCUGUGGGAAGAUAACAUUGACCCAAAAACCUGAUGCCUGCACAGGGAACUGUAUUGUGUUUAUGUCGCCGCACAUGGAAAUAUGAGAGUUGAAUAAACAUGGCUGAGAUUCGUCUUCAA